CGUUAUAUAAGACUAUUCGCCGAUUAGGUUUAACGCUGCUUCCCGCUCUCAACGUCGUUGGAGACCGAGAAACCCUAGAGAGUAGAGAUUGACAGCCAUGGCGAGCACCAAAGUUCAGAGGAUUAUGACCCAACCUAUUAACCUGAUUUUCAGGUUUCUCCAAAGUAAAGCUCGAAUCCAGAUUUGGCUCUUUGAACAGAAAGAUUUGAGGAUCGAAGGCCGAAUCAUUGGUUUUGACGAGUACAUGAAUCUGGUCCUGGAUGAUGCUGAAGAAGUUAGCAUUAAGAAGAAGAGCAGAAAGCCUUUAGGAAGGAUUCUUCUCAAAGGAGACAACAUAACUCUGAUGAUGAACACGGGAGCGUAAAUUCUCAUGCUAGGUGUUUAGCAAGCUGCGAAUAUGUAUCCCUUGGAUGUUGAUAAAUGUUAACUUUAUGUUACUUCCUGGAUGUAAUAUACUACUUUCCAUUGAAGAUGUUUUCCCCCCAUCUAUAUUACAUAGCAGUUUCUGCAUUCUGAUGUGCUCAA